ACAGCAAGCCAGGCUCUCCUCCACAGCAGGCCAGGCUCCGCUCCGAACUCAACUCGCGUGGCACUCCACGAGGUUUCCAGCUCCCUAUGGCGGCGACGCUUAUUCUGGAGCCCGCCGGCCGCAGCUGCUGGGAUGAGCCGCUGAGCAUCGUCCUGAGCGGCCUGGCCCCCGAGCAGUCUGUCACACUACGCUCGGCCCUGCGCGACGAGAAGGGCACGCUCUUCCGAGCCCACGCGCUCUACCGCGCUGAUGCCCAAGGAGAGCUGAACCUGGCGCUCGCUCCCGCGCUGGGCGGCAGCUUCACGGGGCUGGAGCCCAUGGGACUGAUCUGGGCCAUGGAGCCCGAACGGCCUUUCUGGCGUUUGAUCAAGCGCGACGUGCAGACGCCCUUCGUGGUGGAGCUGGAGGUGCUGGACGGACACGAGCCCGACGGCGGACAGCGGCUUGCACAGGCGGUGCACGAGCGUCACUUCAUGGUUCCCGGGGUGCGGCGCGUGCCGGUGCGCGAGGGCAGGGUGCGCGCCACGCUCUUCCUGCCCCCAGGCGAGGGCCAGUUCUCUGGGAUUAUUGACUUGUAUGGAAGUAACGGUGGCUUACGUGAGUACAGAGCCAGCCUCCUGGCUGGGCAUGGUUUUGCUGUGCUUGCUCUGGCUUAUUUCCAAUUUGAAGACCUCCCUGAAUCUUUGAGCCAAGUGCAUCUGGAGUACUUUGAAGAAGUGACCUUCAUGCUGCACCAUCCACAGGUGAAAGGUCCAAAUAUUGGGCUUCUUGGGAUCUCCAAAGGCGGUGACCUGUGCCUCUCGAUGGCUGCUUUCCUGAAGGACAAAAUCACAGCCACUGUCCUUAUAAAUGCCUGUGUGGCCAACACCUUAGCCCCUCUGUAUUACAAGGAUAUGUUUAUUCCUAAUCUUGGGUAUGACCUAACAAAACAUAAGAUCUUGGAGUCAGGCCUUUUGGAUUUGGGGGAUAUUUGGAACAACCCACUGGAGGAACCCAACCACCAAAGUCUUAUUUCAUUGGAGAAGGCCCAGGGACCCUUCUUGUUUAUUGUGGGCAUGGAUGAUCAUAGCUGGAAAAGUGACGUCUAUGCUCGUAUAGCCAGUAGACGUCUACAAGCCCACGGAAAAGACAGACCCCAGAUAAUCUACUAUCCAAAAAGUGGUCACUGUAUUGACCCACCCUAUUUUCCUCCUCCCAUAGCCUUUGUACCUAUGGCGGUGAGUGAACCGAUACUCUCGGGAGGUGAGCCAAGGGCUCAGUCAAGGGCACAGCUGGAUGCCUGGCAACGCAUUCAAACUUUCUUCCGAAAGUAUCUCAAUGGUGAAAAACCUGCCAGGCAUAGCAAAAUGUAACAUUGUGAUUCUAGUGAAAGUUCUAAUGACGCCAUGCAGAUUCUUUUGAAUUUCCAGAGUACUAAAAGU